GUCGCUUAGACUCUUCUCUUGCAGAAAAUUUAAAAAUGGCGGAACCGGUAAUAGCAGAAGAACAAUCUCGAACCGUGGAAGAUGGUGAGAGGAAGCUGAAGCGCCUGGAAUUCGUGCAAGUCGCUGCCAUCUAUGGUGCUGUAUGUUUCUCGACGCUUUACGAGUUCGCCAAGGAAAACGCAGGUCCGCUCAAACUCGGAGUAGAGAACAUCGAAGCCUCUGUCCGAACCGUUCUCUCACCUGUCUGCGAGAAAUUCCAUGAUGUCCCCUUACAGCUCCUCGAGUUCGUCGAUCGCAAGGUCGAUGAUUUCUUCAACGAGGCUGAUCAGUAUGUGCCGUCGAUGGUGAAGCAAGCGUCAAGCAAGGCGAUGGCAGUGGCGACAGAGGUGCAACGCAUCGGCGUCGUGGAUGCGGCGAGGAGCGUGUACGAUAAGUUCGAGCCGGUGGUGGAGCAGUACGCGGCGGAGGCGUGGCGGGUGUUGAACAGACUGCCGGGUCAAGGAGAAACAUAUGAGAUGAAGCGGUUACGUAGGGGAAAUUACGUCAAUUUGAAGCUGUAG